AUGGCUGAAAGUAGUGUAACUGAUACAAAGGACUUGUUACGUAAAUCCACGGACAAAGCCUUCAUAGACAACAUGGCUGAAAGUAGUGUAACUGAUAGAAAGGACUUGUUACGUAAAUUCAUGGACAAAGCCUUCAUAGACAACAUGCUCGAUCGAUUGGGUCAAAUGUUUAGAAAGCUCAAUAUUCUGGAUCGAUAUCUAUUUUCGGGGUAUAGUAAACUUAUGCAAGAUGUACAAGAUUUCAAAGAUUCAUUAUUCAAACUUGUUUUUGAAUCAAAGAUACACUUGAAAGUAUUAAAAGAUAAUUUCGAUAAACCGAGUUACCAAAAAGCCAGUGAUAGAGUUAAAUUAUGUUUUAUUAAAGAACGUCUUGACAAAAUCGACCGUGCAACGUUGUUCGAGUAUAUUAAAGCCUGCCAAAAGUUAAUACAAACUUCGUUGGAUUUGCACAAAGAAUAUGGAACAACAAUAUUUAAAUUGAAAUAUGUUGCUCUGAAAGCUUUAGGGUUUGCUGGAAUUGGUGCCAUUGUCGGAUUUAGUAUCGGCCUCGCGUUGCCGUUCUGCAGUGCUAUUGAAACAACUUGCGGAGCUGCUUUCGGCUUAGUUGGUGGUUUAGCCUAUGCUAUUUAUCAGUUGCAACAGAAAAUGAAUCAUAUUGAGAUUCUACGUAAACAUUUAAUGGAAAUAAAUGAAGCAUUAAAGAAAGUGCAGCUACGACUAAACGCAACACAUUACCAAUUAGGCCAAUCGCAAGAAGAAUUAAUUGAACAGCAAGCUGGUAAAUCAUGUCAGGAGGUGGAAGAUUUGGAGGGUUAUGUUCUUGCGACUCAUGAUGAAUUUAUUCAGCUAGAACAGUUUCUGAUGAAUGUGAAAGUCGGUGAACACACCUGA